CAUAUCAUUAUCACCCCAUCUCAAUUCUCAUCUGUCUUUCCCUCCUAUCCUAUCCUAGACUAACAAAUAUUCCAACGCUACCCUACUCUUUUGUCUAUCUCGAUCAAGAAGAAAAAUACUAGCCAGCUAUAGCAAUGGUUCUCUUUGAUUUCAAGUCAGACAAACACUUCGUUACCUCCUCCGAUGAAACCACCAUUAGAGUCUGUGAGUUGAGCGACCCUACUAUUCACCCUUCCUAUCUCCGAACGACUCACUGGAAGGAAGUUGGAACCAUCAUCAUCCUCGAUGGUAACGACAAUGGAGACGGUGAUCAUCGGGCGAAAGAGCAGUACUACUACGAUGGAUUGUUGUUCUUCGAUGGCCAUGGGAAGAUCGAGGGACAUGAAGCCCUCACCAAGCUAGCCCGACACCUCGCUCGGUCGGGCUUGAUGGUGAGCCCUGGAGGUUGCUGCUUUCAAGACGUGACCGAGCUGGGAGAGCACAGAGACUUUGGCGCUCGCUACCUCCGAUUGAACGAUCUCUUCAGCUGGACCAGUCACGGUGUUGAGUUGGCGAGGAUCACCAUGUGGCCGCGGUUGGAGUUGAAGUACGCCGUGCCAAGGCAGAAGAAAAUAUCAAAGCAACCGAUGGCGGGCGGUGGGGUUGUGGCGAGCAAAGAGAAGUACGAGGAGUUGAAAAGGAUGCUGAGCAAGAAGGACGAGGAGCUGGAGAAGGUAGCCAACGAAAUGGAAGACGAGAUACAGAAAUUAAAGGAGGAGAAAGAGGAAGAGCUAAAAAAGCUACGAGAAGAGAUGGAAGAGACGAUCGAAAAGAAAGACGCGGAGCUACGAAAGGUGAAGAGGCAGAGGGACGAGGCGAAGCGUCCGAAACCGAUGGUGCCCGAAGGGGUGAGCAAAGAGAAAUACGAGGGGUUGUUGAAAAGGAUGGCAAGAGAGAAGGACGAGGAGCUGGAGAAGCUGAGGGAGGAGUCGGAAGAAGAUCUACAAAAGCUGAGGGAUGAAAAAGAUGGUGAAAUACGAAAGCUGAAAGAGGAGAUGGAGGAUGCAAGCGAAAAGCACGAGGAGGAGUUGCGAAAGUCGAGAAAGGAGAAGGACGAGGUGCAAAAGCUGUUGACGAAGAAAAACGACGGCGUGCAGCAGACGCUCAAAAGGGCAAGCGACGACGACUUGCAAAAGCUGAGGAAGGAGAAGGUCGAGGAAGUGCGAAAGCUAAGAGAGGAAAUGCGAGAAGAGAUAGAAAAGGCGAGAAAGGAGAAAGAGCAACUUGAGCUGGAGCAUGGUCGGAAGCAAUCGUGGGCGCACCCACCUACGACACAACAGUACAGUUAUGAUUGGGCAGUCCAUAAAAGCAAAAGACGGGCGGUGCCAGCAAAUACGUGGUCCGCCGGUAGUAUUAAAUCGGUAUACUAUUGUGAGAACACUAUGACGGCGAGGUUCACGGGUUUCUUUCAGGGGAACAUUUCAGUUCGAGUGGUGGAUGAAGACACCAAAGAUUGGCCGGCUCCCCCUAGAGUUGAUAUAUUUUUGACGGAUAUCGCCGAAUCAUUCGACCGUAACAACUGGUGGUUUGUGAAGAUAUCACAUCCGGAUGGCGGCGAUGUCAUGCUGGCAUAUUACGAUGGGGAUGGGAGCUAUACUCCUGGAUUCAGAGGUUAUCCUACCCGGCUUCCAAUUCGUAGCAGGGAGUUUGUUCUGUUGACAAACACGGUUUUCUUCAUGAUUUAUUUGAACGGCGAAUUCAAGUUUGCUUUCAUGUAUCGAGACUAAGCGUAGGAAUCGCAGGCUGUUUGUUUGAUUUUGUCAUCAGUUGUCGCCUCCACUCUAUUCUGCAAAGUUGUUGUCGUUUGUUUGAUUUUCCUUUCUACUUUGUGACAAUGGAAACUGCAUUCAAUACAAAUCACUUCUUAUU